AUCGCUUGCUUCGUGCAACAGUUGACAGUUUGAUUUUGUAUUUCUGUUCGUUCAGUUCGUCCAAAAAACGUGUUUUUAAGGACACAAAAGUCCGUGUUGAUUUUAUUUCGCGUUAAAGUCGUGUGUUUUUAACUGAAAAGUGCGCGUUUUUGAUGUUUUGUGAGGGUGUUUCAGUGUGCAUUUUGCGUGGGAUUAAAUUUUAAAGGUUUUAAAAAUGGCGUUUUUUCUGUGGAAAAAUAGGCAUUAAAAAGAUGUCCUCGGCAGCAGUGGGCGGCCAUCACUCAUCGGGGGCAGGCCCCCUAAGCCUGAUGUCUUGCGUGGGGCGGGAAUCCUCCCCCCAGCCAGAAAAUGAGAGGGAACCAGAAAAAAUCACAACGACUAAGAAAAAGUUUUGGAACCCGAAAAGGUGGUUUAAAAGAAAGCAAUCACACGAUGACGUCACCGUGGAACCCGAUGUUCCCAAGGACACCAUUCGUAGCAGGUCUACGAGCGAGUUGUCCGAUGUCGAGGAUGACGUCAGAAGAAGGAGUACGUCUUCUAUGCACCCGACGCUCAGCCUUAGCCACGACAGCGUGUUCCAGUCGCCUCAUUCCGGUUCCAGCGAAAUGGAAUUGGACAAUGCGCAAAGUAGCAGUUCCCUUUCAAUUUCGCAGCCGUAUGACCAAAAACUUAAGACUGAACUAUGCGAGAGGUUGAGACUGAGACGUGGCCGAGGCGACACGAGCGAAGACGACGAGGGACUGCCGCGCAGCCCGUGCAACUCGCCCACGGCGCACGAUGGCCACUCCACCAACAAGACUGCCACUAAAGAUCUCCCUACCAAGUCACACAGCACAUGCAGUGAUGGGUCGCUUCUCAGUAUGGACAGUUCCGAAAUUGAGGAAGAUUCCUUCGGGUUGACUUCGAGACAAUCCUCUAAAAUAUCUCUGAACGAGAAAAAAAUCAGCGAGAUAGAUUUAGAAGGUAGCAAAGGUUCGAUACCUUUGAACCACAGUGCGGCCCAUCACAGGGUGUCAGUUCGACCCAGGAAAACCCAUGGAGCACCGAGAAGACAGAAAAAUGCUUCGGCUCUACCAGCCACUCCAGAGGUAAAUGAGGAUUCCUCAACAAGAAUUCCCACUCCAGAUAUAGAUUACAUAGACAGUAAAGUAACUGACUUAAGCUACAAAAUAUCACUAACAGAAACGCAACUGAAAUGUUCUUCUUUACCUCCUGGUCUAGUAGGUCCAAACGAUCCUAAAUUAAGUCGGAGCAAGUCGAACGCCGGCAUACAAAAAGAGGAACAUUUCGAACACAAAGAGGAGAAAUCAGACAAAAGUUUCUUUGCCAAAAUAAUACGUAGUAGUGGUAAAAGGCGUAGAAGCAAAGAGAAACAUCAAGAACACUUGCAAUACAUUCAAACAAGUCAGCAACAAAGUAUAACUACUACUAGUUCUAGUACUACUAGUAGUAGUGUGACUAGAAUUGAGUCUAAACCAAUAGCUGCUCCAAGAAAUGCCACAGCUUCGAACAGACAAAGAGUUCUACCUAGAAACCUACCGGCUUCACCCAUAGAAGACAGAAAAGCAACUCCGGACAUCAAAAAUCUUUCCCCCAUACAAAUGGAGCUCGAAAACCGUAUCAAACAAAGACAAUCGUUACAGCCUAGUCCAAAAUCACCUCCACUAUCUCCCAAACCUCCAAGAAGCCCUCCUGUGAUAGUAAAAACCGAGGUAACACGUAGAAUGGCCAGCAGACAUUCUGAAAUUAAUACCUUCGAGGAAAUAAAACCCAAGAUCGAGUUAGGGAAUGUAUCAGCUUUCCACAACAAGAUUAUAUCGUUUGCUGCUAGUGAAGACACUGAAAAUACUUAUAAAUCAUUAUCUUAUUUCCCAGAAAAAGAGAAAAUCGUGAAGCCUGUGGCUAAAAGUCAAAGUUUUAAGGCUCCCAAAGAUGAUAUUAGUAAAGUAACCAUGGCUAAAGCUGCCUCAACCGACUCUGUGCAAGUGGAUGAUUCCAACUUCAAAAUAGAUAUUAAACCAUCAGAAAAUCACCAAGAGAUAGUGAAGGAAGUUACAAAUAAAAUUGUCAAUGAUAUUGAUGAUGAUUUUCCAAGCAAAAUCAUAAAAGAUCAUGGUAUAACAAUCUCAGGUCCAUCACAUACAGCAGUGGUUAAUAUAACAUCAUCAAACACAAUGGAUAGUUUCACUACAUCAUCAUCAGAGGUUACAGAAAAAGAGUCAUCCAAAACUAUCAAUAUUAAAGAGAGUCAAGUUUCUGUAACCAAAAUACAGUUAAAACACGAAUCAACAACCACCACAGUAGCGAAACCAGAAUUCCUAAGCAAACAACUCAAUAAAGUCGAAAUUAAACCGACCACCAACGUGAUUUUCUCCAUGAAAUCACCAAAAAUAAUCGAAGAACAAUCAAGACCCAAAACAUUGAACUUUGAUAGCGAUGUUAACAUGGAGAUCAUCGAGAAAAGCAGUCCAGAGGAGGACGGCAAACCUCCCCUGAGCUUCAAGUUCAAGAAAAACAGUCCAAAGAAGGUUUUAACCCCUGAAACACCCAAGAAGAGUCUCUCUGUAAGUCUCGACGAAGAUAACCGCUCUUCCUCACAAGAUAGUCUCGAUUUGUUGAGCGACAGCUCGGAAGGCGUCGUUUUAAGACGCAAAUCACUGGCUAAGAAAAAAGAUGACGAGCCCGAGUUAAUGAAGGUGUUUGCUAGACGGUCGAUGAAGAUCAGAGAUUCGGAUGCUGAGUCGUUAUCUCAAGAGUUGGAAGAGAAGGAGGUUAUAGAGGAGAAGAAGGUUGAAGAGAAGAAUAGCAUAAAUAAAGUUGAGGAAGCUAGGAGAUCCUUGGAGGAAGAUAGAAGAAAAUCGGAGGAGAAGGUGAAGAAUUUCGGUUUGGAACGGAGGAAAUCGGAGGAAAAACGCAAAUCGGACUCCAAAGAGAAUAUUCCAAAGGAAGAACCCAAGAUAGUGGAAGCAACGGAAAAAACAUUCAAGGAGGUUAUUAUAGAAUCUACUGCGGAUGUAACACUGAGAAACUCGCCGAGCAUUAAAAACACAAUCAACAACUUCCCACGGUCGGUCAGUUUGUCCUAUAACAACACCGAAAAUAGCUUUAAGAAACCUUCGUUCGCUGAAAGACGUGUAACAUCAAAUUUCUGGUCUAAAAACGAAGAAUCCGAAGAGAUUAUAACGAAAAUAUCCCGCAAAGAGGAAAAACUGAAUGGCGAGAAACCAACCGUAGAGCCUAAGAAUUUCAACCAACGUAAAGCUGAAUGGGAAAAGAGGGCUCAGUUAGCCCAGAAGAAUACGGUACCGUAGUCAAAAUGUGAUUAGUCGUAAAUUGUGAUGUUUGGAACAAACAAGUUUUAGACUAUGUAAAAAGUCUGUGUUAUCAUUUUAUUAUCAAAGCAUUUUAAGGAAACUGUUGGUGCCAUCCAUUGGACCGGCGUUAUAUUAUAGAAUAGGAUUUGUAAGAUAUUUUAGAUUUUUUUAAUUUUCCGAUACCCCAGCGUGAUUAGAAAAGUGACCAAUUGAAAUCGAGAGCCUUUUAGAUUCGGUGCUAAGUUGAUUAUACUGAUAAAGUUUAUGGAUACAAAUUAAAUUUGUAGCUGAUAUGAUGUAUAUAGAUGUGGUAUAUUCAGCUUGAAAAAUAUAAAUAAGAAAAUGCAAUAUCGAUGUUUUAUGAUUAAGUUUUUAUUUAUUUUUAUGUAAUUUUAAUAUAAAUGUUGUAAAAAUUAAUACUCUUUUGACCUGACCAUUGAAAAAUAUCCCCCUUACCACAAGUGACUUAUUACAUACAAAUCCAGGUAUUUAUUUUUCAAAUACAUAAAAAUAGAUGACAAAUCAUGUAUUUUUCAAUGGUUGCCAACUGAUACAAUUGGUUGAUGAGUAAAUAUAUUAUAUACCCUUGUAUGUAUAGAUGAUUAUUAAUAUGUUCAUAUAUAAUAUUGAAUAAAGUGUUUAUAAAAUU